AUGCCGCACGCAACCGAGGACGAGAUGAUGGAGGACACGGAGGCAGGCCUGCGCUGGGCGAUGCAGCAGGAAGGCGGGAUGGCAGGCAUGGCGGGUCUGGGCGACAACUACGUGAUAGACCAGGGCGACAAGGCCGACGAUGCGGUGGACUUUGAGGAUAUCAGCGACGACGAUCUACCGGAAGAAGAGGAGGCGACACAUGCUGUGGGAGGUGAUGAUGCUAUUGACAGCGCCUUCGAUGCCGUGCCGGGCGGCAUGGGUGGUUUGCCGGAGGUGUCGCACAUGAAUGGCUACAGCGACGUCAAGGAGUCCUCUGACGACGGGUAUGAUUACGGCGAGGAUGCUAAAGACCUCUUCGGCGAACGUACCUCGUCCUCGCCAGAACUCGAGCGCCAUCCACAGCCCACUAAUGGCUUCUCACAAGUACCUCAGCGGCCAGGACUCGCGCUGCCCAGUAAGUCAGCUCUGGCGCUGCCAUCAUUCGCUGCUCCAUCGCUUCCGUUGACACGCAUGGCGCUACCGCGGAUGUCGCAGUCAUCCCUUAGUCCACCUCCGCUCCACGAUCAACGCUUGUCCGCUAUGUCGCCUACGAGUAUAGAGGAGGAUGGCGAAGAUGAGGAGAACAUGGAUCCUGAAGAACUUAUGCAGAAGCGACUGUUCAACCUGGCCAAGCGCAAGCUGGAUGGAGAAACUGUUGACACGGACACCAUAGAUCUCGACCAGGACAGCUUCCACAAGCUCUACCCCAGUUACGACAAGCAUCAGGCGCCUCGCUUCAUUGACUUGUUCCCACCGCGUAAUGUGCAGUACAAGGGUAAAGCCCCGCUGAAGCCGCCGAAGCCAGUGAACCCGACGAAGCUAUCACUGGAUUUGCUUCAAGAUCAAGAGCGCAGCUUCAGAAGUAUGGCAGCAGGCAACAAGGCUGGCCAGGACAGCACCUUCAACAACAGCAUCGUCCAUCUAGGGCAGGCAACUUCCGCAAAGGACGAUAGUGACGACGAUCUCGCCUCGAGCGACUUCGACGUCAACGAACGCAUUGGCAACGUCACUAUGCAAGAUUUGGCGCUGAUCUGUCAAGAUUGGGACUUGCCAAGUAUUGACUCCGCUUCUGUCGGCGACAACCUCGUGCUCGAUGGUCGUAGCUCAGAUGGUGACUGGGAUGCGGAGGAGGGUUUGCGCCCAGCCAAGAAGCGCCGUACCGGUGGCUUCAACACUGCUAUGGCUGCGCCCUGGGAAGAGCAUUACCUCUCUUUCGAGGAACCCGAGCGCGCCGCAGCUAAGCUUGCUAAGUCCGUUGCGCUGGACCUCAACGAUCCGAAUCUUCUGAUUGACGAGCAUGCGCCUCGCAUCAAGAAGAGGAUCAAGCGCAUGCCCGGCGACAGACGUGAUGCUGCGCUCAGUCGUGACAUUGCCAAGCGCUACAACAUCAGCAAUGACUUGGCAUAUGACCUCCUCAAAGAGAAUCACCAACACAAGGUCCGCAGCACACUCGGGAGUAUGGCGGUCGAGCACAGCAACCCUGCCAUCAAGCUACAGUACCCAUUCUAUAAGGUCAGCCUUGACAAAGAAAAGCGUGCUUUCCACCGGCCUUCUCUCGAACUUCGGCAGAAGGACAUCUUCAAGGAGCUUAAAUUUUCUAAGCCGAAGCACAUCAAGAGAAAGGCUAUCAAGGGCCGUGAGGCCAAGGAAGUCUUCGCAAAGGCAGAAGAUCUAUCUCUUGGUGAUAACGCAUCAAUGCUGCUGCUCGAGUAUUCCGAGGAAGCGCCCAUGAUGCUAUCCAACUUCGGCAUGGGCAAUCGCCUUAUAAACUAUUACCGCAAGAGGGACGCAGAUGACCAAGAGCGGCCGAAGGAGCCAAUUGGAGAGACUCAAGUACUUCUGACUCAGGACAAGAGCCCCUUUGCGAACUUUGGCCAUGUGGACAAGGGCGAGACCGUGCCUACAGUGCAGAACGGACUGUUCCGUGCGCCAGUAUUCCAACACCAAGGCAAGACUUCCGACUUCAUCAUUGGAGUCAGCAGCACUCACGAAACUUACGAUCGACUCUACCUGCGCAACGUCGAGAACCUGCAUGUCGUUGGCCAGCAGUUCCCGCUGGCCGAGGUCCCUGGCCAGCACUCUCGCAAGGUCACUGACGCCGCCAAGAAGCGCCUGAAGGCACUUGCUUAUCGUAUCUUCGAAAAGAGCAUACAUCGCAAGGAUAAGGUCCUCGACAACGCCACUCUCAUGCCACAUCUCCCAGGUCAUGAUAUGCCACAGACUCGCAGCAAGAUGCGCGAAUUCAUGAAGUAUGAACGAACCUCUAACCGAGGCGAGGGCAGCAAUGGAGUGUGGGUGCCAAUGCCGGGUCAACAGGUACCAGAUGCAGAGACGCUUCGCGGUUGGAUCCGUCCGGAAGAUGUCUGCCUCCUGGAUUCUAUGCAGGUCGGUGUUCAGCACUUGUCAGAUCUUGGCAUCAGUGAGACCAAAGAUGCCGACGAUGAAAAGGACGCAGAAGAAACCACUGGCCUUGAGCAGCAGCUUGCACCGUGGCGUGCCACCAAAAACUUCUUGAACGCUACACAAGGUAAAGCCAUGCUUAUGAUACAUGGCGAAGGUGAUCCCAGUGGUCGAGGGCUCGCUUUCAGCUUCGUCAAGACUUCCAUGAAAGGUGGCUUCAAAGCUGCAGGCGAAAGCAUCAACGACAAGCUCGAUGCUCACAAGCGCAGUCAAAAUGGAGGUCAUUCAUACAAUGUCGCGAAGCAGCAGAAGGCGUACGAUGACUCCAUUCGCCGCAUCUGGGACGCCCAGAAGAGCAACUUGUCAGAGCAGAGGGAGCAUUCGGAUGAUGAAAUGGACGGCGAGCUUGACACCGAGGCCGACUUCCCCUCCGCUCGGGCUGAAACUCCAAGAUCUUAUGCGGGCACGCCAGGAGGCCCUUCACGUCAUGACGACGACAUGAGCCAGUUCAGCGGCCACAGUGCGGCUCGUGGGGACAAGACUCUUGUAAUCAGGCGCUCUGGAGGUCGCGAUGCCGCUGGUAACGACCGCCCGGAUGAAGAGCACGUAAUCACCAACCCCAAAGUCAUCAAGCAAUAUAUGAAGCAACGGAUGGAGAAGGAAUUUGCGGCAAAUGCUAACCUCAAGUCCUACGUCCCGACAGGCGACGCCGAGAAAGACCGAUUCGCGAAAGAGAAAAUCGAGAAGGAGCUUGCUCGCAUCAAGCGCAACGCCGACCGACGCGAGGCUCGAGAGCGACUCAAGAAAGGCAAGACGGCCGACGGCGCCUCACCCUCUGCCGCCGCUUCGCCGGGCCCAUCUGACGCAGAUGGACCAGCAUCUGCCAUCAACGGCAAUGUAGACGGUACACCGCAGAAGGGCAAAGGUCGCACGAAGGACGGCACUGCCCGCAAGUGUGCCAACUGUGGGCAAGUCGGGCACAUCAAGACCAACCGCAAGCUCUGCCCUCUGCUAAAUGGAACGAUGAAGCCCGAGGAUGCUGGCAUGAAUGGCGACAGCUCUUUCGGUGCCGUGGCUGCUCCACUGACUCUCUAG